AUGGCGCUUUGGCGACGCCGCGUUAAAGUCUAUUACAUGAAUGAUGACCAGCAAUGGGAUAUCCUCGGCAGUGGGCUAGUCUCUUCCGUUUAUGUGGAGCAGACCCAAGCAUAUUCACUGCAGGUUCGAUCAGAGUACAAUAGCUCCUUGAUCUUGGAGUCCCUCAUUCAUCCGCACACAGUUUAUCAGAAAAAAACAGAAUCCCUGAUUGUUUGGUCAGAAACCGAGAACCCCGGUUUGGCGCUUAGUUUCCACGACUCAUCAGGCUGUCAAGCGGUCUGGGAAAUUAUUUGCCGCCUUCAAGGUAAAGACCCUUCCAUCGACAUUACACAAGACCCUUUGAACGAGUCAGAAGAACUAUAUAAUGGCAUUCCAGAUACUAGCAAUCUGGUUGACCUACCCAAUUGUGAACUCAGUAAACUUGAACAGAUUGCAGACUUAAUUAACUCAGUUCAUUCCUCGCCUGUCCGUAAGGAAAAACUGGUUUUUAUUUUAGAAAAGGAGGACUAUAUAAGAAAACUAUUAAGCUUAUUCCAUACUUGUGAGCUUACAGGGAACACCAAAAGCUUGCAUCUUUUGUAUGAAAUUAUUAGAGGAAUUUUAUUCCUUAACAAGACCACUCUCUUUGAGAUUAUGUUUUCUGAUGAGUGUAUCUUAGAUGUGGUAGGAUGCCUUGAAUAUGACCCUACUUUGGCUCAGCCUAAAAGACACAGGGAAUUCUUGAUACAAAAUGCAAAGUUCAAAGAAGUUAUACCAAUAAGAGACUCUGAACUUAAACAAAAAAUACAUCAGACCUACAGAGUCCAGUACAUUUAUGAUAUCUUAAUACCUGUGCCAUCUGUAUUUAGUGAUAAUGGCCUUUCUACUCUUAGCACAUUUAUUUUCUUCAACAAGGUUGAGAUUGUGACUUUGCUGCAGGAAGAUGAGGAAUUUUUCUUUGAAAUUUUUGAACAGUUAAAAGCUAAGACCACAACUAAGGAGAAAUGCAUUGAGUUGAUGUCUUUUUUCAAGGAAUUCUGUGUGUUUUCUCAGACAUUGCAGCCUCAAAACAAGGAGAUAUUAUUCCAAACGUUGACACAUUUGGGUCUUCUUCCUGCCCUUAAAAUGGUGAUGGGCAUGGAUGAUGUUCUUAUAAGGUCAACUGCUACAGAUAUAUUUUCUUAUGUAGUGGAGUAUAGCCCAUCCAUGAUCCGAAGAUUCAUAAUGGAAGAAGCUGAGCACAUUGAAGUUGAUAAUCUUUUCAUGAAUGUAAUUAUAAAACAAGUGAUCUGUGACACUGAUCCUGAGCUAGGUGGGGCUACUAAUUUAAUGGUACUUAUUCGUUGCCUACUUGAUCCAGAAAACAUGCUGACCACACCCACUGAGUGUGAAAGAAGUGAAUUUCUAAAUUUCUUCUACCAACAUUGCAUGCAUAUCUUGAUAGAGCCACUUUGGGCCACAACUUCAGGAAAGAAUUGUGAAAAGGGUGAUACAGUUGAGUUGAACAAAAAUUGUCCCAAUGCUCUACGCUUUAUGAGAAGUAUGAUUGGCCUUCACAGUGAAGAUUAUAAUUAUUAUAUCAUUGAAGGCAAUCUUUUUGAGCCAGUUAUAAAUGCCCUUCUCCGUAAUGGGACUCGGUACAAUAUGUUGAAUUCUGCCAUCGUUGAGCUAUUUGAGUACAUCAGGGUAGAAAAUAUUAAGUCUUUUGUUGUUCACAUAAUUGAACGGUUUCACCAAUCACUUGAAACUAUUGACUAUGUUCAGACAUUUAAAGGGUUGAAGAUUCAGUAUGAGGAAGAAAAAAACAGUCAGAGUAAAAUAUAUGAGAACUUAAAUUCUGUAGUGUAUAGUAAUAUGCUUUCCAAGAACUCCGAAAUCUUUGGGGAGGUACAAGAAAUAUAUUUUCUGCAAGAUACCGAGAAUGAUGAUGAAGCAUCAAUGGAUCCAUUUGAUGUAGAAGGCCAAUUUCCACAUGUUUGUGAUAAUACAGUAGAGAUUGAAACAACAGAAGUAAAUGAAGAACCCACAGAACUUCAGAGAAAACCAUCUGGUAGCUUUGAAUUUCAUACAUCCAUCUCUGAAGAUGUUGCUAAUAAAGCAAAAUACCUUCCUGAAAAUGUGGAAGAAAAAUUUGUAACCAGAAUCUGA